GGGUAGGGAGCAUGCGGAAGAUUGCUAAGCGAAUUCUCCCACUCAGCUUGCACACUUCCUCGCAGGACAUUGCUGAUUUGAAAGCCAUGCUAAAGGACGACUCGCUUUCCCGGGAAGAUCGGGAAUAUGUCCGGCAAACUCUACAAAAAGUACAGAAAAAAGAAAAUGAACAAAAAGUCUUGAAGGUGCGCGUGGUGGGAGUCACGUGUCUGGCUAGCUGCUUUCCCUGUUUAAAUGGUUUUUCUUUUCCGAUUAUAAUUCUCGACGAAUGUAGCCAAAUCACCGAGCCGCUCUCCUGCUUGUCCAUAGCCCGUUUCCAUUGCAACAAACUGAUUUUAGUGGGCGAUCCGAAGCAGCUUCCGCCCACCAUUACGGCAGUCGAUCACGCGAGCAGUUUUAAAAAUCUGGAAUUCACACUUUUUGAACGCCUUUUAGCAUGUGGCUACGAGAAGAUUUUUCUAAAAACGCAGUACAGGUGUCAUCCUGAAAUUUCUCGUCUCGCCAGCGAUCUUUUUUACGACUCGCAAGUGGUGAGCGGGAUUAGCAGUGCGGAAAGAGUUCCUUUACUCGAGGAACUUCCUUGUUUGCUGUUUGUGGACGUCGAAGCCAAUCAGGAAAUUCGAGAUCCAACUGGAAGUUAUAAAAACCUUAAAGAGGCUCACGUCAUUAGUGAAGCCCUCAAGCGUUUGGUUGUCUUUGGGCUCUCCACUGCUGAGAUCGGCGUUAUUUCUCUCUAUAAAAGCCAGUCUCGCUGCAUUCAAGAAAUUUACGGUGAAUCUUGCCAGCAGCCCGUCAUGAUCUCCACUGUCGAUGCGUUUCAAGGCGGCGAAAGAGAAGUGAUUUUACUUUCUACCGUGCGGAUCUCUUCGGAUUAUACUUUUCUGGAAAAUGAAAGACGAGUGAACGUGGCCUUAACCAGAGCAAAGCGACAUCUUCUCAUUUUCGGAUCUCUUAAACAUUUACAGAAAAAUAAAUUGUGGGCUAAAAUAAUAAAUUACUGCGAAAAAAAAAAAUUUGUUCGGAAAAGUGAUUUCCUUUUCAAAACUGCCGAAGCUGAAAGUUCAGCUGAUUUAUGAAAAACCAAUUUGCC